AUGACGACGAUUCGACAUGGCUCUCUCCUCGCGGUUCUGCUGCUGCUCGUCGUCAGUGUUCUCCCACCCACAGUAAACGCCGCACGACUGAUUCCGGCGCCGUCUGCUUGCAGCAAGCUCCGUUGGCCCGAGGUGGUGGGGAUGGAGGGGACGAAGGCUCGCGAUUACAUUCUUGCUUCCGGGCCGCAGUGCCGCUGGGACACGGGGUGCGCACUUGCAUCUGCCAUUCGCACACGCCACUCGCACACUCCACUCGCACGCGCAUUCGCACACGCCACUCGCACACGCCACUCGCACGUGCCACUCGCACACGCCACUGACACACGCCACUCGCACGCCACUCGCACACUCCACUCGCACGCUGCACUCGCACGCGCCACUCGCACGCGCCAUUCGCACACGCCACUCGCACGCGCCAUUCGCACGCGCCACUCGCACACGCCACUAGCACACGCCACUCGCACACGCCACUUGCACGCGCCACUCGCACGCGCCACUCGCACUCGCCACUCGCACGCACGCGCCACUCGCACAAGCCACUCGCACGCCACUCGCACACGCCACUCACACUCGCCACUCGCACCCGCCACUCGCACGCGCCACUCGCACGCUCCACUCGCACGCGCCACUCGCACGCGCCACUCGCGCACGCCACUCGCACACGCCACUCGAACACGCCACUCUCACACUCCACUCGCACGCGCCACUCGCACUCGCCACUCGCACGCUCCACUCGCACACGCCACUGACACACUCCACUCUCACACUCCACUCUCACACUCCACUCGCACGCGCCGCUCGCACACGCCACUCGCACGCGCCACUCGCACCUGUUGCGCUCACCUGCUGCUGCGUUCACCUGCUGGUGCGCUCACCUGCUGGUGCGCUCACCUGCUGGUGCGCUCACCUGCUGGUGCGCUCACCUGCUGGUGCUCUCACCUGCUGGUGCGCUCACCUGCUGGUGCGCUCACCUGCUGGUGCGCUCACCUGCUGGUGCGCUCACCUGCUGGUGCGCUCACCUGCUGGUGCGCUCACCUGCUGGUGCGCUCACCUGCUGGUGCGCUCACCUGCUGGUGCGCUCACCUGCUGGUGCGCUCACCUGCUGCAAACGUGAUGCCUGUCCCUCCCCCGCCCUGUCCCUCCCCCACCCUGUCCCUCCCCCGCCCUGUCUCUCCCCGCCCUGCCUCUCCCCCGCCCUGCCUCUCCCCCGCCUGGUCCCCCCUGUCCGCGCGCCCAUCUGCAGCUGCAUCGCCCGUGAGCGCCACUGCUGCUGCGCGCUUGGCGUAG